AAUGGCCAGCUCGCUUAGAAAUGGGUUGGUUAUACAAUAGUAGAAUCGGAGUUCAAAUUUGGCACAAGGAGAGGUCUCUUAUCCCUCCAGCCUGGUUCAAGCGUAAGCAAACGGUGCUUAGGAGUUCAAAUAAACAAGUCAGUGAUGCUUAUCAGCUUUUUUGGACAGCAAUUGAAUAUAAUAAACCCGAUAAAGGAGGGUGGGAUCGUUAAAUUCUUAAACAACUCCAAUUUGAUACAGAUUGCAGGGAAUAGACCGAUAAAACCCAACAAAACAGAAAAAGAUAGACACAGAACCUCGUUGCUGACUCAGCAUUGAACUCUCUCCAUCGUAGUGUCAUCACCAUAUGGCGCUUUACCGCAGCUCUCACUCAAUCCGCAGAGCCGUUGCCAAUAGUUGGAGACUCUCACUAAACCCAAUUUCAGCAGCCUACAAUUCUUGUGAUUGCAGUUACUUCAAUGAGAAUAAUUACAAUAAAUGGUGUCGUUUUAAUUUUGUUAAGAGGCCAUUUACAUCUGGUUCUCCCCAUGUGAAAUUUUCGAACACUGAUACUUCAACAUCAUCGUACUCAACAUUACACCCCCUCCAUGAAGGGCCUUCUUAUAUGCGCGCUGCUGUUUUUUGGGAACCAAACAAACCCCUCACAAUUGAAGACUUCCAAAUGCCCCGGCCAAAAGCUAAUGAAAUCCUCAUCAAAACCAAGGCCUGUGGGGUGUGCCACUCAGAUCUGCAUGUAAUAAAAGGUGAGCUUCCAUUUGCAAGCCCUUGCGUCGUGGGCCAUGAGAUAACAGGUGAGGUCGUUGAACAUGGCGCACUCACCGACUCUAAAAUCGUUGAAAGAUUUCCUGUAGGAGCUCAAGUUGUUGGAGCUUUCAUAAUGCCUUGUGGUAGUUGUUUCUUUUGCUCUAAGGGUCAAGAUGACUUGUGUGAGUCAUUCUUUGCUUAUAACCGAGCAAAAGGAACACUUUAUGAUGGUGAAACACGGCUAUUUCUCCGUAGCAAUGGAAAACCAGUGUAUAUGUACAGUAUGGGAGGUCUUGCAGAGUACUGUGUAGUGCCAGCACAUGGAUUGACUGUUCUACCGAAUUCCUUGCCUUACACUGAAUCUGCUAUACUGGGUUGUGCUGUUUUUACUGCCUACGGGGCUAUGGCUCAUGCUGCACAGGUUCGCCCUGGCGAUGCCAUUGCUGUGAUUGGCAUAGGUGGUGUGGGCUCAAGUUGCCUGCAGAUAGCACGGGCAUUUGGGGCUUCUGAGAUUAUUGCUGUGGAUGUCCAAGAUGAGAAACUGCAGAAAGCAAAAACUCUUGGAGCUACUUAUACCAUAAAUGCACGAAAUGAAGAUGCUGCUAAAAAAAUUAAGGAAAUAACAGGGGGAAUGGGUGUAGAUGUUGCUGUGGAAGCCUUGGGAAAACCACAAACCUUUAAUCAGUGUGUUCAGAGUGUUCGAGAUGGAGGAAAAGCAGUAAUGAUUGGCCUUACACUCUCUGGUGCCAAAGGCGAGGUUGACAUAAAUCAUUUGGUUCGUAGACAGAUAAAAGUAAUUGGAUCAUAUGGGGGUAGGGCGAGGCAAGAUUUGCCCAAGUUGGUUAAACUAGCAGAAAGUGGCAUAUUCAAUCUCAAGGCAGCUGUUUCCAGGACAUUGACGUUUGAAGAGGCUGAUAAAGCAUACAAGGACCUUGACAAGGGAAACAUUAUUGGACGUGCUGUUGUGGAGAUCAUGUAAUUUCGCACUCUGAAACUUUGAAAGAAAUGGCUCUUGCCAUGCCACAGUGCCGGCCUAUAAGUUCUUCUUGUCUGUGAAACUAGAGUUCAGUUUGUAGAGAAACAACUCUUUCUGAAUCUGGAAAGACAAUGGAAAAUACUUUUGCUUUUUAAUAAGUAACAUUUUAGCACUUGAUUUUACCCCUUUAUAACUUGCAGUGGUCUUUUUAACUUGCAGAUAAUGCAACUUCUGCAAAAAUGCAUUUAGAUGUUCUCCUUUA